UCAUCAUCAUCAACACCUAGAGAGUGAGGGCCAGUUUGUUUAUAUUUUUGACACUAAAUUUCUUGCACUACAAAGCAUCGAAAACAAAAUGAAAACAAUAGAACCAAGAGUAAAACAGAAAAAAACACGAACAACUUACGAAAGUCUACUUUGACCUUGGGCAAGUAAAGAUGCUCAAGUGGCGUUAAAAGACGAGACUCCAUGAGCUGAGCCAAAGCCCAAGACCAAGACCACGACAAAAUGUAAACAAACAGUGAGUGACGAGGUGGUGCAAUUCAACUUUUUACAGGAAUUCGGAAGUGAACACAGACACUGACAGUGAAUUCCUUCAGCCUUGUUGCCAUCGAUAUGCUGACCCUCAUGUGAUACUUCAGCCUCCGUCAGAAAAUAUAUCUUUGAUGGAGCAACUGUAUUAACCAGAGUUGGUGGUGUCAUCUAAUUAGCAUGGAUUGGCAGAAAGGAGUAAAAACAACUUGAAUCAUCUAGCAACAAAAGAGGCAGAAUGGAUGGUGACCAGCGGGCCGCACAUCUUAAGUAUCUGGUGGAAGAGUUGACAACAUCAGGGAAAGAUAAUCUUGAUGAAGAAAAAUUCAAGAAAAUUAAGAAAAUAUGUAAGCAGUCUGAUAUAUAUGUUGUAGAACUAUACAGACUUGUCAUCAAGCAACUGAAGAAAAAGCAUGCUGAAAUACGAUACAGUGCAUUUCAGAUUUGUGAUGAGAUUUUUCGUAGGUCUCACUGUUUUCGAGAGUUGCUCCUGAAAGACUUCAUGCAGUUUGUAGAUCUUGCUUUAGGUUUAGAUCCUAAGAAACCCUUACCAAAGCCUGAUGCAGCAGCUAGAAAACUCAAGCAGAAGUGUGUUGAAGUCAUUCAGCAUUGGUAUGACCAUUUUAGUGAUGGGUAUUUAACACUAAAGCAGGCAUAUAGCUAUUUAAGAGAUUGUAAAAAAGUUGAUUUUGCUGAACUUACAGCCAGAACUGAAGCAGAACAACAGAGAGCAGAGCAGGAGAGACAAAAGGCAGAAGAAAUAAAGAAUAAGAAGAUUGAAAAGAUUAAAAGGGAGCUUGAGGGAAGUUCCAAAGAAAUAAAUGAUUGCAUAACUCAGUUUCACAACUGUUUCAAAUUAUUGAUUCCAGAUGUUCAUGAUUUUUUCAUUCCUCUCAGUAGUGAAGAAGUUGGCAGUCAGGGGGAAGGUCUUGUAUCUCAUGGUGAAAAGGGUAUUCAAGAAGAGGCAUCAAAUGAUGAUGAUGAGGAACUGGAAGAAAAUGCUGAAUAUGGUUCAGAAUUUAUGCGUGGUCAUGGGAUCAUGAAAGGGACAAAUGUUAAAAUCAAUCUGGAAGAUGUUAGAAAGGUGCAGAGGACUGAAGACAAUGAAGUUGUGAUAGAGAACUUAAAAGAGUACAUUAGUAUCUUAAAUACUAAACUAUUACCUAGUGUCAGAAGAUGGGAAGAAAUUAUUCAGCCUUACAGUGCAGGUAAUGAAAGUUUAAUUAAGACUAUUAUUGAUCACAAGAUAUCCAUACAAAACUGUGUGAAAAGAUUUGAGUCGCUGAAUAUUGUUCAUAAAGAAAACCAAAAUAUAACCAAAGAUAUAAAUUCUGAUAGUGAUGAUGAUGAUGAUGACUUCAUAGAGGUACCUUGGGAUGACCCAAGAGUGGUGAGGGCAGCUGCCUCAGAGGCUGCUUUGCUUGGUGUCACCAAACAUUCAUCCAACCAUUCAGCCUCAUCGCAGCCUGAUGACCCUGAUAAUCAGCCAUCAUCUUCUGGUUUGUGUCACACAUCCUCUCAGGUGCAGUCUGCAGGUCCUAGUAGCAGUAAAACAUCAGAAAGUUAUAGAUUUCCUGAUGAAUAUCUUAAUAAAGAAACAUCAGCACCAAAGCGCCAUCAGAACCCUCUUGCAGGACUAAGCCAAGUGUGGACAGCCACAGCAGAUCUACAUGAACAGGAGGAAGUUCAAAGUACAGGAGGCAUUUUAGGGAUAGCAACUCAGAGAGUAAAUUAUGAGCGGUCUUGGGAGCCAGUAAAAUGGGCUUGCCGAGCACCUCUCAAAACUGGGCAGUUGUGUCCCCGCAAAGAUAGGGAAAAGUGUCCAUUUCAUGGCCCCAUUGUUCCUCGUGAUGAAACAGGGAAACCUUUGCGACCAGAGGAUGCAGCCCGGGAACAAGCAGCAAGAGAACAAUAUGAGAGAGACCAUCCAGCCUGGCAGGAUCCACAACUUUUAGCAGAACUGAAGGCAGCAACUGGUGUAGAUUUGAAGGUAGACAAGGGAAGACGUAAAAGAAAACAUAAAUAUGAAAAUUUGACUGACCUUAAAAAGACGACACCUAAAGAAAGGCUAGCUAAAAAGAUACUCAGUAAGAAGGCUGUUAGGCGCCUUAAUGUUGCCUUAGAUAAGGAACACAGGUCUGCUCCCAAUACCUCAAGUGAUUUUAGAUUUUCCUAAAAGAUAAAAUCACAAUUUGUAAUACAUGGAGUGAAACCACAGUAAAGAAGAAUGUGGGGAGGCUCAUAAUGGCUGUUGAUGUGCAAUUUUUUUUGUAGCUAAUGAGAAUAAUAGUACAACUUACAUGAAACCAUUGUCUAAAUUAAUUGCAAACUUUUGAUUAUCUCUUGCAAUGAAAAUAAAUACUACUGUUAUCUGUAUAAGAUUUGUGGUCAGCUGUACAUGUUUUUUGGAGAUAAUGAUGUUAAGUAUUGGAUUGUGGUAGGAGGCAACUGAGACAGAUUACAUGUCUUGAUAAGUUAGAGAGAUCAGAACCUUCUGUGUUUUCACAUUUCAAGGUUCUAUUGUACUUUCAGUUUAUGGCUUUAAUUUUUCCUGAAUUUUGGUUUUACUGAAAAUCAAAAGUAUUUUUUUUUUUUUAUGUUAUUGUAUUUAGUGAUUUUAGUGAAUAUUUUCAUGAAAUGGCUUGGGAUGUACUGUAUAGUACCUACAUCAUGGACCUUUAAGAGAAAAUUAGUCUCUAAUCAAUAGACUGGAUAAAUUUUGCAUGCAUGAAACUCUAUGAAUAAUUUAAUGUAACUUUGUGGUUGAUAAAACAAAUGGAACAAGGGAAGCACAAUUUGUUGAGAAAACAUGGAAUCAUUUGGUGUUGUAAAGCUACUGUAGUGAAAUUUUGAACAAGUGUAAUAGUGGAGGCUUGAUGCUCAGGAAGUUUAUGUGUAGGUAGGUGUGGGAGGCAAAUAUUUACAAAAUGGUGAUUAGUGACUUAAUCUCAGGAGGUACCAGGCACAAAUACUGCUGCAUUUAACCACCUGAAUUCACUCAUUGAAUGUAUGCUGACCCUGUGUGUUGUGACAUUACCUAACAUAGUAGUAACUAUUGUACAAAGGUCUUUACAAGAUAAUAUAUUUGGGUUAACACUGUUAUCCAUUAUUAUAAAUCAUGGGCAUUUUUACACCUCUAUUUGGUAAUUCAUAUAAUAAAGUUACAAAAUAUA